AUGACGGCUCUGGGCCCCGACAAGGACAAAGCAAUUCAAAGCAACCCUCUCUCUGACGAAGAAAAGCACGAGGGGAAAUCUCAUCAUCAGGCUCAGAUAAAAAUCCCUGACACAGACUCGUCCCAUAGAAACUCCUCCGCGCCUUUGGUAAACAGCAGUGGAUGGGAUGGUAAACUGCGCAUGCCACCACGAAGUGCUGUCAUUACGAACCCAGACGUCCUCUCAGAUCCAGAGUAUUCCGAUCCAGACGCUCCUCCCGUCGAACAGAUCGAAGCCGACGAAGACCUUUUGGAUGACUAUCCUCUCGACUGGGAAGACAUAGAUCUCGUCCACUGUCGUAUAUCCUCCAUCCCCGCCCUUAAUCUCGAACGCUUCACGAAGGUGCAACGACUAUGUCUCCGUCAGAAUGGAAUUACCUCCAUAUCCCUGCCCGCAAGUUUGGGGGAAACUUUGCAGGAGUUGGAUCUGUACGACAAUCUGAUAUCACACAUCAAAGGCCUCGAAGACUUGAAAUGCCUCACGAGUCUAGAUCUGAGCUUCAACAAGAUUCGACAUAUCAAGAACGUCAGCCACCUGCGAAAUCUGACCGAACUUUUCUUUGUACAGAACAGAAUCUCCAAAAUUGAAAAUCUCGAGGGACUGGACCAUCUGACCAUGAUUGAGCUAGCAGCAAAUCGACUGCGAGAGAUUGAGAACCUGGAGCCCUUGAAACAGUUGCAAGAACUUUGGUUGGGGAAGAACAAGAUCACCGAGAUCAAGAAUCUCUCUUCUCUCACCAAUCUAAGGCUCCUUGACCUAAAAUCCAACCGACUGACAUCGAUUACGGGUCUGGAAUCACUCUCCAACCUCGAAGAACUUUACGUCUCGCACAACGCCAUAACAGAGAUCACACCCACUUCACUGUCCGGCAAUCCCAAACUCCGCGUUCUCGAUAUUUCCAACAAUCGAAUCUCUCAUCUGCAAAAUAUUUCGCACCUCGGAGAUCUGGAAGAGCUGUGGGCCAGCAGCAACCAAUUGGCUGACUUCCGCGAGGUAGAACGUGAGUUGGCCGACAAAGAGAACCUGGUGACAGUUUAUUUUGAGAUGAAUCCCUUGCAAUUGUCCGGCCCAGCGGUGUAUCGGAAUAAGGUGCGACUGGCAUUGCCUCAAGUCAAGCAAAUCGACGCCACGUUUGUGAAGGUCUGA